AUGCCGGCCAAGUUGAUCCCAAACUUAGAACGAAGCUCCAACGGAGUCACGCUGUACUCACAGCCGGAAUCAUACCCGAUCGCGGCCUUCUGGCCGAUGUGCGAAGGGAACUGGAAGCAAUCGAAUUCCAAGUGGAAUGCAAUGAACCCCGCCUCCUGGUCGACGCUGCGCCCGCGAGUGUCAGUCUCUAUGCGGGGAAAUAACUGUCUUUUGAUGCGGCUGAGGGAAGCCUCGAUGUUGUCUUCUGGGAGCAGGCCGAAAUACAACCAGGCACCGUCUUCGGUGACCAUGUCCUUCGUGGGAAUUUCCACAGUCUCUCUGUGCGGCAUGUCCACGAGAAGCAAAACGGCAUGGCAAUCCUCCUGCAUCCUGAGAUCCGCGACGCGCCGUCCGUGCAAGCUCGUGCUGCUCUCGUCCACCCUGGCGGCGAACACGGCAAGCCCGGCUCCUCUGGUGUAUCGUUGUAGCAGGUCGUGGGUCCCAGCUCCCGCACUGGACGCCAUCUUCUGA